AAUGUAUUGUCAACCGUGGAAAAAUAAAUGGUGCAAUUAUAUUGAGACAUAAAAGUUAAUUUAUAUAUCCGGCUUGAAAAUGACAAGUACAAAGAAAAAUGAAGUAAAAACUAAAAAGACAUGUUCAACAACUACUCCAACAAUAAAAUUAAUAAACUACUCGAAGAUGAUUAGGUGCAACUUUAAUUAUCAUAUUAAUUAAUUCUGUGUAUAAUUAAAUCAUUGACAAUGGCACUAGCAGUUAACCAGCUCCCUUCAACCUUAUCUCUACUCCAUUGUUCUCUUUCAAGAUCUAAAGUCAAAGUGACCAAACCUUCUAAUCAAACCUCAAGAGUGGGAAAAGUAAGAUGAGUUCAGAGCAAGAUCAACUUCAUAUAGUUUUCCUCCCUUUUAUGGCUCCUGGCCAUAUGAUCCCAACUAUGGACAUGGCUAGAUUAUUCGCAACUCGAAAAAUCAAAUCUACCAUUGUUACCACACCUGCUAAUGCAAACUAUUUCGCUGAAACUAUCCAAAUACAUAGCCAAAAAGAUGGCCUCGAAAUCGACCUUCUUACUAUAAAAUUUCAAUAUGAUGAUGCAGGACUCCCAAAAGGGUGUGAGAAUGCAGAUUCUCUAACCUCGCCAGAAAUGUUUAGCCGUUUCUUCAAGGCCAUCGACCUUCUUCAACAACCUUUCGCAGACCUCCUUCAAAAAUGCCAACCCAAUUGUUUGGUAGCUGAUCAUUUCAUCCAUUGGGCUAAUUCCGUAGCUAUUGAGUUCGGAAUUCCAUGUUUAACAUUCCAUGGAAGUAGUUAUUUUUCUCAAUGCAUCACUUACAACUUACUUCAAUACGAACCACACAAGAACCUUUUGUAUGAUUCAGACACUUUUGUUGUUCCUGGUGAUCUUCCUCAUAAGAUAAAAUUUACAAAAUCAGAAUUGUCCCCAUACGACAAAAAAGAAGGUCCAAAUUUCCUACUAGAACUGAUGGAUAAAGUAAGAGAUGCGGUGAAAGCUUGUAAUGGAGUGAUAAUGAACAGCUAUUAUGAGUUAGAACCUGCUUAUGCUGGCUACUAUGCGAGGGUUAUGGGGAUGAAACAUUGGCACAUUGGACCGUUUUCACUUUACUUCAAUAGAGGAGGAGACAAUGAAGCAUUUCGUAGAGUGAAAAAGUCUUCAGUGGAUGUAAAUGAAUGUACGAGAUGGCUUGACGAGAAAGAGCCUGAUUCAGUGAUUUAUGUAUGUCUUGGGAGUAUGUCAAAUGUAUCAGAUGCUCAGUUAUAUGAGAUAGCAAUAUCUCUUGAAGCUCUGGGUCAAAAUUUUAUCCUAGUUGUAAGGAACGAGGAUACCAAGGAGUGGGUCCCACAAGGGUUUGAGGCAAGGAUAGAGGGUCGAGGUUUGAUCAUAAGAGGUUGGGCCCCACAACAGAUUAUUCUUGAUCAUCGUGGCGUGGGUGGGUUUGUGACUCAUUGUGGAUGGAACUCAAUACUAGAAGGGGUGGUCUCAGGUGUACCUAUGGUUACCUGGCCGUUUCAUGCUGAGCAAUUUUAUAAUGAGAAACUGGUCACGGAUGUGUUAAAGAUGGGUGUUCCAGUGGGCUCGAAAAAAUGGGUACCAAGGGUGGGAAGCCACAAUAUCACCAUUGGUAAUAAAGAGAUCUUGAAUGCAAUGGCAAAAAUAUUAAUUGGUGAAGAAGCUCAAGACAUGAAAAGGAGGGCAAAGGAGUGCAAAGAGAUGGCAAGGUUGGCUAUUUCUGAAGGAGGCUCAUCUUAUUCUCAUUUAAGUGCCUUAAUUGAAGAAUUAAAAGCACACAAGAGUAGAUCUAUGUCCUUGAUAAAAUGAUUAUUUUACCAAGUUGUUGCUUUUUUUUAUGUUUAUCAUUUCUUCUGUACUGAACUUCAGUUGUUUUAGUUGUUCCUGAAUCUUGAUCAAACGGAGAAAAGAAAGGAAGCAUCAAAAUUGUCUUA